AUGUCUAAUAACAAGUCACCAUCUAAUCAAAAUUCGUCAAUACCAAAUGAUAAUGAAUUUAAUUAUCAAAUAACUAAUGAUUUAUCAAUAAAAAUUAAUGAUAUUAUUCGGAACAACAAUUAUCGUUUAUUUUUUGAUGAAAACUUAUCAUAUGAUCAACUUAUGUUUCUUCUUAACAAUCGUUCUUCAAUUGAAAGUGGUCUUAUUGAUUUUAUAAUUGAACAAAUUCAUCAAUUAAUUCCCGAUGAAAAUAUUCGACAAGUCUUUUUAACAAAUAUAAAUCGUUUUGCUGGUCAUCUUCAUAUGGUUAAUAGUGAUACACAAGUUAUUCGUCACCUAGUUUUUUAUCCUGAUGACGAAGAUGAUGAUUAUGAUGAAGAAACAACAAGUGAUGAUGAUUCAAUGUUCGAUGAUAUUUUGGACGAUAUUGAAAAUGAGUUGCUCGAUGAGCUCGAAUUCGAGCAUUUUGUUGUUGUUUCUCGUUAUUGUCCAGGAGGCUGA